UUCAGUGGCAUUUGCUUUAUAUCCUUCUCACCUGUACCUCUUUUAAAAUUGCCCAAUCAGUUUUUGAGAUAGCAAUAAAUAGACCCAGAAUUCCUUUACAACAAAUAAUAACUAAACACUUUGGCUGAAGUAAAAUAUGAAAUCUGCUAUGGUCUGUAGUCUUCCUGGAGAUGCACUUCUGACAAAACAUGUGGAAGCGCACUUGGGAGAAGUUUUAAGAACAAAAGAGGAAGCCUAUGUAAAAGGAGAACAAUCAUGUCUACAAAGAAACUUCUAAAUGCUAAUAUGAUGUCAGGACAGACUCCUAUAAGAGACCAACCAAGGAGCUGCAGUCAUCUCAUCUUCAGCCUUCACACAGGGCAUCUCAUUUUCAGCCUUCACACAGGGCAUCUCUUCUCUUCAGCCUCACUGCUUUGAAUCAUCUGCUGCAUCUGUCACCAUGAGGACCCUGGCUGCUCUUCUGGCUCUGGUGCUGGUCAUCUCAGUUAGUGCUCAGUAUGGACCAACUACAGAGCAAUGCUGUACAAAAUACUACUCUCAUACGAUUCCUCAGAAAAAGGUGGAGUCUUACUUCAAAACCGGCAGCAGCUGCUACCUGACUGCUAUUGUGCUUAAAACAGAGAAAAAGAUGGAGUUCUGUGUGAAGCCUGACCUGCCAUGGGUUCAGAACAUUGUCACCAAUUUGGGUUCUACUGCCUCUCCUCUGUGAAUGAAUCCCCACCAUCUAUGGUCAUCUCGAGAGAAGUCCCACCUGGACUCUCCUGAUGAUAGUGAUUUACUCAACUAAUUUAAGCUACUUCAAUCUCAUGCUGUUGUUUGUACAAAAUCAGUGUUGUGUUAAAAUUGUCUAUAUAUUUAAUUUGUUCCAUUACAAAUGUUGUUGCUGAGGUACUA